AUGCCGCCAAAACCCGCAGACGGGAAGAACAACUCGAAGAAGAAGGCCGAAGAGCUUCAGCUGCUGUUGGAUCGUGUUGAGAAGAUGAUCAACAAGGCAAAUGCAAACAUAGACAUAUCAAAGUCGGAAAGGAAUCUGCUGCUGAUGCAGGAUUCUCUAACAAUUUUGGAGAGUGCACAAGAGCUGUUGAACAACAACCCUAUCAAGUUGCCUGCCAAGGAGAAGAAGAAGAAGAUACAACCUCUGCAAUCAUCUAUCGACCUUAUCAAGCAUGAUUUCACUCAGGCGGUGGAAGAGGAGCAGAAGUUGAGGAGGGUGGAAGCUGUACAGGAGUGGACGUGUGUGGAGGUCGGGCAAAUUCUCAACGAGAGGUCCAUGGUAAAGAGCGUCCUGUUGAGCAUCAAGGACAAGUUGCAAGAAGAGUACAAGAAGCGCGACGAAGAGCUCGACUGGCAGUUGUGGGUAUCUUGCAAUCAUCUUCCCGACCCGAGGAGCGAGGUGGCGCUGAAUGACUUCAUCAAUGACUGGGAGAAAGACAAGGCAACCAGCGAGUUUGCGGUGCUAGCAGAGGAGAUCGACUCGUCCUUCGAAGUGAUCCAGCAGUGCUUGCAGCUAGUCGCCACGGAGAAGUUGCAAGUUUGUCAAGUGUCACGGGAGAAGAUGUUGGUUGUGCAGGAGGAUCGGAUGAAGAGCAUGCUGAAAGAGUUGUUACACUGCAAGCACAUGCUCCGCGUGACGCGGGAAGACGAUGACGGGAGCUGGACCCGCACGAACGACCUGCGAACGCACAAGAAGGUGUUGUUGGAGUACUACAGGCAAGCCGAGAAACUCUCGUUGCAUGCUCAUGAGGAGGGUGGAGAGGAGAGGACGAGGAUGAGGACGAAUUGCGACAUCAGAGCGUCCGAGAGCGAGAGGAUCAAGACUUUGAAUCACAUCGUUGCGAGGACCAAAGAGAUCGGGGCGCGGAAGUUAGACACCAUGACCAUGGACGUUCUACUCCAUCCUCACAGUUACAUGACGACUGAGGACAGUCGCUUCUGGCAGCAGAGGAAGCACCUGACUGUAUGCAUGUGGGUCAACCUGACCAAGAACUUGAGAUUGAAGGAGAUCGAAUUUCCUGUGAGGAACUUGAGGAUGAGCAUCCCGCAGAAUCUCAUCAUGAAGUCCAUCGCCCUCCGCGCUAUCCUCAUCGACAACUUUGAGCUUGUCCAGCUGCCCUCGACCUCCAAGAGCUCUCUCCCAGCUGAGUCCCAGCACGUCUCCCACCCCCAUGUGGACAGCAUGUCAGAUCCCCCGCACGCUCAGGUGAAUGACAGCAGGCAGAGGUGGGAGGAAGACGGAAAGGAGGAGGAGGAUGUAGCGGUGGGAGGCGUGCUGUUAGUGCAGUGCCUUAACUUGCCGCGGGAGCCCAAGAAGGUUGGAGCAUGGUCGAUGAGGGAGGAGGUGGAGGGAGGAAGCGGCCAGGUCGAAGAGAUGCCGUACCCUUCCAUCGACGCGUACACUGGACAAGAGCCUCUAUAUGUCCCGCUGGGACCCAAACAAGGGCAGGUGGACGCAGGACGGAAUCUCCGAUGUUCGGGUUGA